AUGUUGAAAUGUUUACCUUCACCUGGCACGGAGGAGGCUAGUGUUGGCGACGGGGGGGAACCUUUAGGCCCGAUGGAGAAUCCAAGCUUACAGCUUCACCGGGACCUGUUCGUGGUCGGUUCUGCAGGAAUUAGGGCAAUUCAGACGGAGAAUCCAAAGCUUACACUGGGCCGUCUUCGUUUCUGCACGAUCUACGGCAAAAAGCUCGACUUCAAACUUUGUUCCAAGAAACUUGCGACAGACGAGAGGUAUGUGGGUGGCGGGAUUUUUUUAUCCGAAGGGGGGAGCGGGAUCCGAAUUGUCCCGAAAGAGCCGAUAGCCGCUUGCCACUUGGGCGCCAGACGAGGGAUUUCAGAAAGAAAUCUAACCUUCCUCUCCAUACAGAGGACUACUCAAAUGAUUCUAAUUCAACGUUACGUUACCGUUGAACCUAACGCCGGACGAGCAUUGUUCUAUUAUUUUGCCGAAUCCGAGAAUCCUACCAACAAACCCCUUGUAUUGUGGCUCAAUGGCGGGCCCGGGUGUUCGUCAAUAGGGAAUGGAGCAAUGUCUGAGCUUGGAGCAUUUCGGAUCGGGAAUGCAGAUAUGGACUCAGUAGAUACGACCACUGGACUGAUAUCGGAUUUCGAUCCAUGCACCGUCGAUUACGUCGCCGAUUAUUUAAAUAAUCCCGAAGUCCAGAAUGCUCUUCACGCUAACACCACUCAUAUAUCUGGGCCGUGGGCUGGUUGCAUUGAUGAAAUUCGUAAUAAUUGGAUGGACGCCCCAAACUCAAUGUUACCAGUCAUCAAGAGCCUGAUGGCUAGAGGCAUUGAGUUUGGAUCUACAGAUGCGCUUAUUCCAGUGACAUCAACAGAAUACUCGAUGACUAAACUUGGUUUACCCAUUAAAACUCCUUGGUACGUCAAUGAAAAGGAGGUGGGAGGAUAUGCAGUUGGAUACCAAAUGUGA